AUGGAGGACGCCGCAAAGUCCUUCCCCUUCUCGCCGUCCCCGACCAAACCAGUCGUCGCUGUGGCCGGCGGCACGGGCGACCUGGACAUGCGGCUGACCGAGACGUUUCUCUCAGACGAGCUGCGUCCCAGGCUGUCCGGGUUCGUGCUGCUUGCUCGUCGCCACACGGCCAGGACGGAGAGGUGGAGGGACCAGUUGGGCGCCGAGGUGCGCAUCGUCGAGGAGGACGGGGGGGACGAGUGCGACGAAAAUGACCUGGUCAUGGCGCUGGACGGGGUUGAUGUGCUUAUCAACGCCAUAUCAACAUCCGGCGCCCGCCUGCGCGACAAGAUCGCCAGCGCGCUACCCAGGACGGGUGUGAAGUUGUACUUUCCGUCCGAGUUCGGGGUGGACCACCGACUGCACGACUUCAGGGUGCCGGAAUGGGACGGGAAAAAGCGGCAUUACGAGCACACCAAGAAGGUGGUCCUUGGGGAGAGCAGCAGCAGCAGCAGCAGCGACAUGCGCGUCUGCCGGAUCUUCAACGGCCUCUUCCUCCACAGCGGCAUCGGGCCCUGGUACGGCUUCCACACGGCCAAGGACGUCUACCAGGCCGUGGGCAGCGUGGACCAGGUCAUCAGCUACACGGACAUAAGCGACAUUGCGCGCGUGCUGUGUCGGCUCGCCGAGAUGGCGAUGCGCGAGGGUGGCUCCCAAAACGUGCCCGAAGAAUUGAGGAUUGCCGGCACGCACGCGAGUUUCCGCCAGAUUGCCCGGAUGAUGAUGACGGCGGCGGGGGCCGGGGACAUCGAGCUCAAGAGCGUCGACUUGGACACAUUCAGGGAAAGGGCCCUGCAGCGCCAGUACGAGGACCGUGGACCCAUUGUGUGUCUGAGGUUCAUCAUGGGCGACGGGAGAGCCGACUACAGACCCAUAGACGAGGGCGGGCUGGGCAAUGACAACCACGUCGUCAAUCCGGAUCAGAAAUACUUUCGUUGGAAGACGAUGAAUGAUUUGGCUAUUGAGACACGGGGCAGGCCAAAUGGCCAUGCUUGA